UCGAUUUACAAUUACUGGUGUUUUAGCUGAUGUUGAAGAUUAUUAUCAUCUUACUGAUGCCGAAGGUGGUAUAUUACAAACUGUCUUUAUUGUUAGUUAUAUGAUUAUGGCUCCAAUUUUUGGUUAUCUGGGUGAUCGAUAUUCAAGAAAAUAUCUAAUGGCCGCUGGGAUCCUUUUUUGGUCCAUGACCACUUACCUUGGGUCAAUUAUUCCUGCCAAUGCUUGGGGCUGGUUCCUUUUCAUGAGAGCUAUGGUUGGAACUGGAGAGGCUUCUUAUUCAACUAUUGCACCAACAAUAAUUGGUGAUUAUUUUAUUGGCACCAUGAGAACUCAGAUGCUCGGUGCUUUCUUUUUUGCUAUUCCCGUUGGAUCUAGUUUAGGUUAUAUUUGUGCUGAUUUACUUAAGUACCCAAAACAAUUCACAGCCCAUUCGGUCCAUGUAGGGUAACAAUCGAGUUCAAACAUUGAUGGUGUUUAAUUUAACGAGGAAAUUGGAAUUGGAAGAAAAUCCAAUCAAGAAGCCGAAGAUACCAGCGACUGAAGUUAUGGCUCCGAAAAUAA